AUGUCCGCAAGCACAAGGUUGAACAUUCUGCUGGAUCUGUCCGGUACGCUGCACAUCGGCGACGUAGCCACGCCCGCUGCCAUCCCAGCCUUGCGCAAGCUGCGGGACUUUUUGUCCAAAAGGGGCAACAGCUCCUUGCGUUUCGCUAGCAACACCACCAAGGAAGCGCCUCUAAGCUUGCAACAACGCUUAUUGAGAGCGGGAUUUGGAGCUGAAGAUGUGCCCUUGAUGGAUCUGUACACCAGUCUAAGCGCCACCGCUCGAGAGGUGGCCGUGAUGCAACGACCAGCACUCUUGUUGCUCAGUCCAUCCGCUCAACAAAUCUUUCAAGAUCCUUCUUCUUCCUCUCCCUCUCCCUCUCCCUCUCCCUCCUCCUCCUCCGCAACACAUUUCAGGCCUUGCAGCGAUAGAUUACCAAAGGAUCUUGAUGAGGAAGAGUGGAAAUGCUUGAAGAGGUGCAACGUCGUCGUGGUAGGUCUGGCGCCCGAUCUGAUGCGCAGCGAGUGGCUGGACGAAGCGUUCAGAAUCCUCAGCGGAGAGUAUUCCUCCGAGCAGCAAGGAGCAGCGACGCCAAAGAUCAUCGCGACGCACAGAGGUGAGUCGAGUCCCCUUGUGACUCCUUGACUCGCUCAACUCAUCUUGAACUUCUGCAGCAUUCAUGGCUCACUCGCUGUCCAUGCCGUCCUCUUCAGCAUCGUAUUAUCGUCCAGCAAAUGCCGCGCCGCUUUCGAUGGGUCCAGGCCCCUACGUGAGCGCUCUCGAGACCGCAGCCAGGCUGGAUGUUCGCGAUACUUUGGUGUGCGGUAAGCCCAGUCGAGGUUUCUUCGAGGGGGCAUUGAAGGAGAUGAGAGGGGGCGAGGAUGCGCAGCCCGGGGAGAGAAACAUCGUUGUGAGUCCGAGCCCUUCUCUUUCUCCAAACCUGAUUCAAACAUCACACCGCCAGGUCCAAGGAUGCUGAUUGCCGCAAGCUGCAUCAACUUUUGCAAAAAAAAAAACUCGCUGGUGAGCAGAUUUUUUAAAGAGGCCAUCCUCUCCCCCCUCCUCCUUGUCAUGUUCCAUUUCAUCUCAGCUGACGCCCCCCUUUUGGGACCACGCUGCGUGCGCCGCAAAAAGACGUCUCUGCCGAUCUGGGCGAAGGAGCCAUCGAGCUAGGUCUCGAGCGCAUACUUGGUGAGGCGCACCUUGACCUUCGCAGCCUCUCUUUCACGUCCCGUUCAAAUUCUCGCGCUGAUCCUACGAUUCCCUCUUUGCCGCCCAUCUGAAUCAUUGUCCUUCUGCCUGUCCCCCUCCAGUCAAGACGGGCAAGUAUCGUCAUGGCGACGAGGACCGGGCUACCAAACCCGUCUUUGCUGUUCAUGAGACCUUUGCGCAGUGGGUCGAUGUCUUGAUCAGCGAGGAAGGGCAUUGA